GCCACAAUUCCUCCGGCCUCCUCAACCUCCAGCUCACCUCCACAAUUGCCACCCACGUCCCGCGCAAAGAAGGGGGGGUACUCGGCGGCCGAGGAGAGAUUUUGUGCCUCCAACGAGCAGCCCAUCUCCGCUGCAGUCCUUUGUGCUUUUCCUGGGACUUCCACGCUCGGAGCUGCACAAGCUCCCUGGCUCUUCGACGCAGCCCGGCCCGUCUUCGGCUCAGUCAGCCGACGUCUCAGAGGUGCCUACGUCUACGGCCCCAGCAACUCACGGCACAGUUCCCAGGAAAAAACGAUGCUCACGCCGUUGUCACCCUAAAGUUACUGAGCAAACUCUGGUGGCUGGCGGACGCUCUGUUCAUCUCUGCACCCGUACCUGCUCCUCGGAUGGGGUUGACGGACACCCAGCCGUUGCCUGCGCCUGUUCUGGUUCCCCAGGUGAGGGCAACUGUGACCCUGCCGACUCCUGCAUCUGUUUCAGUUAAUCGGGUGGGAGCAGCAGUGGUUCAGCCAGCUCCUGCACCUACACCGGCUCCCAGGGUAAGGGCAGCCAGAGCCCAGUUCAUCCCUGCACCCGUAUCUGUUCCUCGGGUGGGGAUGGCUGGUGUUCGGCCAGGCCCAGUACCCGUUCUUGUUCCCCGGAGGAGAGCGGCCAAGAGUGAGACCACCUGCUCAGUCACAAGUUCAGCUACCUGCUCAUCCACCAUCUCUACAACCAUCAUCACAACCACCACUACAACUUGUACUUUUAUCCAUAGCGUAGUCAUUAGCUCAGUUAUUAGCUCAGUUUCCUGUUUUGUCACCAGCUCAGUCUCUAGCUCAGUUGUCAGCUCUAUUACCUGCUCAGUCAUCCAUUCUGUUACCACCUCAGUUUCUUGCUUCGUUGCCUGUUCAGUUAUCAGCUCAGUCAUUAACUCUGUCACCAGCUCAGUUAGUAGCUCAGCAACCUGUUCAGUCACUGCCAUCCUCUGCUGGAGGCUCUAGUGAGCUAACUCAGCCAGCUGAGGACAGCGUUGUGCUGACAAAGCCUGGACAGACUGUUUGCACGGCACAGCCCAAGCUGUUGCAUCCCAAGCUGGCUGCGUGCCCUGUGCAGCUACAGUUACCGUCCCCUCAGCCAGGGGUGCCCACACCUGCUGGCCCUUCCUCUGUUCCCGCUGGCGGCUCGGGUUCCUACGUUGUUCUAUUAAGAUGUUGCUUAUUUGAUUUCCCCUUGUGACUUUACCCUCUGUGUGCCCCCUCUGUGUAUCUGUGAGUCCUUGUUUUCCCUCCUUGUGUUUUAUUCCAUGUUUUCCCCAGCCUGUUAUGUCUGUGCUCUCCCCGUCCACGCUCUCUCCCCUGAUCUGCCUCCCUGUGCGCUUCCUGUUUUACUUUGAUAGUCUCCCGUCAGUGUGGGUCAGUGUUGUUUGCUCCUGCCGUGUCUCGUUAUGAUUAUCAGUGUCACCUGUGUUCCCCAUGUGCUUCUACUUCCCUCGUUAACCCACUGUGUAUUUAUGUCCACGUCUCCCUCAGUUCUGUGUUGCAUUGUCAAUGUCUCUUUCCUGAACCUGUGUGCCUUUCUGUGUUCCCUUGGUCCUCAGCAGAAGCCUGCAAUAAAGCAAUGACUUUGAGUUCA